AUGGGGGGACGAUACGUGGCUGAAGUACUUCAGCCCUCGCUUAUAGCAUUGGAAGAAGCGUUUGAAGGGGCUAUGGAAGAUCCUGCUUUUAUAGCCGAGUUGGAACGCACGGCAAAACAGUUUAUAGGCAGACCUACUCCUCUGCUUUACGCAGAAGCCAGUAGUAAAGCACUAGGUGGAGCACAGCUGUACAUCAAGUUGGAAGGCUUGGCCAAUACAGGAGCUCAUAAAAUCAACAACGCCAUAGGGCAAGCGUUGCUAGCAAAACGCAUGGGCAAAAAACGUAUCAUUGCAGAAACGGGUGCUGGACAGCACGGACUGGCCGUAGCAACCGCUUGCGCCCGGCUAAAGCUGGAUUGUACUGUUUAUAUGGAGCUUAAACCAACGCAGAAAACGACCCAAAUGGUUCUAUAG